UUAAACAACACCAUACCAAAAUAAACUAUAAAUUAAAAAUAUAUCGUUUAGCACAAUGGGCCAUCCCAAGUGGCACUGCUUGACCGACAGCUUAGCUCAGUGUACACUACGCCCAUCACUACGACCAAUCGGGCCAUCGAUAUCCGGACCUAUCGACCUAUUUUCAGCAGCCUAACUAAAGAAAAAAGGCAAUAUUUUGCAAAAAACAUUCGGAAACGGUCGAAAAACAGCCGCUUCAUUGGCCAGAGCACCCAUAUUCCAUGCAACGCAUAGCGGGUACAAACCAGACAAUUGCAGUGUGAGACAAAUGUGCGCAAAAUGAAAGUGACAAUCAAGUCAUGGACGGGAGUUGCAACUUGGCGUUGGAUAGCGAAUGACGAGAACUGCGGUAUCUGUCGCAUGUCCUUCGAGAGCACCUGCCCGGAGUGCGCUCUGCCCGGUGACGACUGCCCGCUGGUGUGGGGUGUCUGCUCCCAUUGCUUCCACAUGCACUGCAUCGUUAAGUGGCUGAACCUGCAACCGUUGAACAAACAGUGCCCCAUGUGCCGCCAGAGCUGGAAGUUCAACGUGCAUUAA